AACCCCUCCCCACAAGGGCUUUUUUGGGGAGUCCUCCCUUUCUGGGGGAAAAAUCUACUCUUUUAAAUUUUUUGGGGGAUAAGGCACCUUACCUGGGGGUGCCCCCCAUAAAAGCUUUUCUGAUACUUAGUUUUGCCCCAUUUUGGGGAUGCACCCCACCAAGAGUUUUGGUGGCACUUAAGUUGGACACUUUUGGGGGUGAUUCCCCCUUUUAAGGAUUUUUUUUUUCUCUUUGUAAGGUUGGUGCAUUUCCACCUUUUUUGGGGGUGAUUCCCCUUAGGGGGUUUCAGGGUACUUGACUUUGCCCCCUUUUUUUGGGGGUGAACCCCCCCUUUUUAAGGCUCUCUCCUGGGGCCUGCGGAUGCCCGUCGGCGGCGAUGCUGGCCCCCGCCGAGGAGCGCCCGGACGGUGCCACCGACGGUGACGCCGGCGUCGCGCUCCCGCCGGCGCCCAAGAGCGGCAGCGCCCGCAAGCAGGGCUGCGAUCCCUUCGCGCAGACGCAGCGCAGCAAACUGCAGCACCGCCGUGCACGCAUCAACCAGCAGAUCAACAAGGAGAUGAGGAUGCGAGCGGGGGCAGAGAACCUCUUCAGAGCCACCAGUAACCACAAAGUAAAAGAAACAGUCGCCUUGGAGCUCAGCUAUGUGAACUCCAACCUACAGUUACUGAAGGAGGAGCUGGAAGAGCUGAACAGCUGCAUGGACGUGUACCAGAAUGACAGUGAGUCCAUCAGCGUCCCCAUGAUUCCUUUGGGCCUCAAGGAGACCAAGGAGCUGGACUUGUUGAUACCACUGAAGGAUCUCAUCAGCGAGCACUAUGGAGAGGACGGUGUCUUGUUUGAAAAGGAAAUCAAAGAGUUUAUGGAGUUGCGGCAGGCAAUGCGGACACCGAGCCGGAAUGAGGCUGGGCUCGAACUCCUCAUGGAAUAUUACAACCAGCUCUACUUCCUUGAUAACCGCUUCUUCCCUCCCAGUAAAAACCUGGGUGUCUUCUUUCACUGGUAUGACUCUCUGACGGGCGUCCCUUCCCACCAGCGGGCACUGGCCUUUGAGAAAGGGAGCGUGCUCUUCAACAUCGGAGCCCUGCACACCCAGAUUGGGGCACGGCAGGACCGUGCCUCCCUGCCAGGAGUCAACAGGGCUAUCGACGCGUUUCAGAAGGCAGCCGGUGCGUUUAACUACUUGAAGGAAAACUUCUCCAAUGCCCCCAGCCUGGACAUGAGUGCCUCUUCCCUGAACAUGCUGGUGCGGCUGAUGAUCGCGCAGGUGCAGGAGUGUGUCUUUGAGAAGGUGACCUUGCUCCGGGCCCAGAGCGACUUCCUCACACAACUGCAGCUUGCCCAAGAAGCAGCCAGGGUUGAAGACGUCUACUCACUGGUGCAUCAGACAAUGACCCAGGCCCACGUGAAGGAUUAUGUUCCUUUCUCUUGGACCACCAUGGUCCAUGUCAAGUCAGAGCAUUUCAAGGCCCUCUCCCACUACUUUGCUGCCAUUGCCCUCUGUGAUUGCCCUGUGCCCUCCGAUGCUGAGCUCCCAGAGCAUGAGAAAGCUUUUAUCCAGUUUCAUGUCACCAUGCCAGAAGGGCCAUCUCUCCGCGUCCUGCUGCAGGAUCCUGAGGAGAGAAGGAAGCUGGGAAAGGCUCAUCUGAAGAAAGCCAUCAUGAAGCACGAAGAAGCCAUGAGAAUCCACAGCUUAUGCAAGAUCCUGCGGAAGAUGGAUAUUCUCCAGGAGGUCCUUUCCUUUGCUCACAAACGCUCGCUGAGCAAAUACUCAGAAAUAGACCAUGAAGAGGACUUCUUUGAGACAGGAGAUGCCCCAGAUAUUCACCCCAAAACCCAUCAGAAACCGGAGAUAAAAUCACCCAACUUCUCCCAGGUGAAGGUGACCGAUCUCUUCCACAGACUGGGACCUCUCUCAGUUUUCUCAGCCAAAAACAAGUGGUACCCGGUACGACGAGUCCACCUGAUGAGAGGUGAGAAUGGCUUUGGAUUCACGCUCCGAGGAGACUCUCCCGUCCUCAUCGCCGGCGUGAUCCCCGGAGGUUGUGCUGCUGAAGCUGGGCUGAAGGAAGGGGACUACAUCAUCUCAGUGAACGGCAAGGAUUGCAAGUGGUCCAAGCACGCCGAAGUGGUGCAGCUGCUGAAGAGCACGGGGGAAGAGGGAGUGGAGAUUGGUGUGAUAACACUGCAGGGCUCAGAAGGGCCGAAAACUGCAGACAAGAAGGCAGCAGUGAUGUCUUCGGGAGGCGGGCUGAUAAAGAACAACAAGGAGAACAGCCGGAAAAGUCUAAUGAACAGCAAGAGCGCCAGCACGCUGCUGGUCUGGAAUAAGAAGAGCAAACGGAGCAAGAACAGCACUUACAGCGUUCCCUUCACCGCAGUGGGAGACAACGAGGCCAUGUACUGAGACAGCCACCUGGCUAGGUCAUGUUCUUCAAACUCUGGACCGGCCUGACGUUGAAUCCUAGCAAUGGCAGACCCUCAGCAGCGCAGGUAGUCUGUUUAGGGUGUCGUUGCAGCAUGAUGCUCCUCUCAUUUGGAGGAAGCCCGGCUUCUAAUGCUUUUCCCAUCUGGGGACAUGCCGCUGGUUGGAUUCCCUCCAAGAUGUGAGUGACACACAGCCCCUGUCACUGCUGAACUUUGGACUUCUCCAUCUCCCAGCCCCUGCAUAAGUUGUCCUCAGCUAAACAGUAUUGGGAAACUAUGAUUUAGAUUUACUUUUUUUUUCUCUCUUAAGGGGAAGAGGGACCUGUACUUUGGUAUAAAGCAGGGACUGGUUUGUGUCUUCUGCUUAACACAAGGAGCAGUCAAGCCAAGCCCAGUCAUUAAAGCAAAAGCUGUAACCUUCUUUAGUGUCUCUCUUAGGCUUUAUCUGCUGUGUAGAAGACAACACUAAUGAUGCUGCUCACCAUAAGCCAAGUCAUGUGGCAAUUCCAGCCCAGCAUCUCUGUCAGAAGAAGACUGAGAGAGAGGUAUUUGGAUCUACUGUGAGCAAGCCACUGAGUGGUACGAGGGUUUUCAACCCCCCCAGGGCAGCUGUGCAGCCCACAAGGCUUAGACAGACUGGCCUGAAGAGUCUGCAGGUUGCAGGGCUUCUCCGUGAAUGCUUUGCAGCAAUUUGAGGGAGAAAUUGGACCCUGUUGUUUUAAAAGUGCUCAACCUGUGAGUACUGAGGUUGUGGAGAAAAGCAUUCAGGUCAAGAAACGCUCAUGAGUGCCCAAACUGAGUAAAUUUAAGCCAACUGGCUUACAAGCCAGUGUCCCAGCACAGUCUCAAUUCAGUGUGCAUGUAUCCUAUUAUAGCAAAGGGACUUCUGUCCCACUAAACCUUCUGUUACAUAGAGCAGAGUAGGUGGAUCAAAAUGUCAGAUUUGUCCCCAUUUGAAUGUGAAGGGAGGACAGUUCCCACUGUCCUAGGUGAAUUUUCUAAGGAGCAGAACAACUGUGUGUAUGUGUGUAUUUGCUCUUUCUGGUCUACAUUGACAUGACAAUCUCCAUGAUUGUCCUACUGAGUGAAGGGAGAUGUAUCUAACACCCUAGUAGUAGAAAACUUUAGCAUUUUCAAUACUGCAAGCCUUGAACCAAUGGAUUAACAAGACUUCUUGCUGGCCAAGCUAUGAAAUCAGAGCUACACUCAGAUUACAUUCAGUUCCCAUUUAUUGAGAGCAAAAUAAAUGUGGUGUAGCUCAGAUACUGAUGAAAGGUGGUCACGGUAUCAUGGAGUUGAGGGCAACAAGCACCCAAAGCUCUGGAGGGCCUGAGUACUUAAAUAGGCAGUCAGGCAGCAGUGUGAGUUAACCAAGUGACAGCUGAACGGGUUAGAGAUUGAAUGGGGUUGGCCACAUGCCCACCAGCAGAGCUGGCAGCAUGUCAGACCUCCCAUCAUUUCAAAUCACCAGCGAGGCAGACCUUGGUCUGCUUAUUCCUGAGUUUCACAGGUAAUGUGUAGUUGAACCAAGUUUAGCAAAGCUACAGCUGUAGGUGAGCUACAGCUGAUACCAACUUGAGCAUCUGUUCAUGCAGUGCUGAACUGGGACUUGUGCACAUUUUUGUUUUAAUGGGUGCAUAGGUUUGCGCAGCAAAUAGACCCAAUUCCAUAGCCUGCUUCUCUGGAGGAAAAGGGAAAGACUUACUAUAUAUUUGUUGUCUUGCUUUUUUAAUCAGUAGAAGUGGAUUGCCCUAAAUAUGCGAGUAGAUUAAUAGCUAAGAGCCUUGUUUCUUUCUUGGUAUGAGAUUAAAAUUCCAGGAAGAUAGCUCCUCCAGAUUAUUAAACUACUAAAUUUGUGCUAGUAUUGAAUCUUGCACACGUUGCUAAUACCCUAACAUUGUGCUGUCAGCAUUCAUAUCAGAGCGGGGCUGAUGGAUGCAUGCAUCUUGGUAAUUGUACUGGAAAUGCUGGAAGACUCAGAAUACAUACUAGAUAUAUUGGCAAAAUUUUCUCAAUUCCGUUUCUGCAUUGUGCACUAUUUUUCUGAAGGCUAAGGAGCUGUCUAAUCUUGAGUGCUUGGAUGAUCUUGGUAGGUAUAAAAUACCCUUCAGAGAUUCAAUUGUAUUUUUGUACUUUUUAAGUUGUGACAAAUUUGUAACCAUAGUUUAAUGCAGUUAACUGAAUAUGCAGGUCCCUUGAGGCUGGCAGUGGGAUAUUUUUGUGUUUGCUUCCCUUGGGGUUGUACCUUGAUUUGUUCUAGUGCUCAUGUGCCAACCUUUUGGUCCUGUUUUGAUUUAUGGAAAAAUGGAAGGAAGAUUUCUAGCUCUAGAUGGUAUUAUAUCCAAAGCACAUUAGUUAAUGACAGACCUCUGCUCAUGCAACAUAUCUUGCCUCUCCUGGUUUCAACAAGUUCUGUGCAUAGACUAAGAUUUAUGCUCUUCACUCUUGUCUCCACACAUGAUGGUAAGGUCUGAGGUGUCCUGUGUUUUGGUGACCAGUCCUCAGGCUUCUGGACAUGAGCUGGCCCUACCUUGACUGUUGAAAGGGAUUUCCCUCCAUGGAGGAGCCCUUCAUAGUUGUAAUUUUCUGCAGCUUUCCCUGCAAUAACUGAGAGCUGGACAUUGUCAGAUGAUUACAGGUCUGGGUUUGAGCAUGAGGCCAUCUGGUACUAUCUGCUUU